UGCAGUGAAGACAAGAUGAGCUCACAGCACCAGACUGUCUUUUGUGGACCUGCACAAUGAUCCCCGAGCCAGACUGGAUUAGGAAACCUCUCGACUAGUAGGGGUUCAGAGAGGCCUCCGGUUCCCAGGCACCUUAGGGGAGAGAGCGCUGAAACGAUGCAUCAGAUUUACAGCUGCAGUGACGAAAAUAUAGAAGUUUUCACCACUGUGAUUCCUUCCAAGGUGUCCAGUCCUCCCAGAAGAAGAGUCAAAAGCUCUCAACACCUCUUGACCAAGAAUGUGGUGAUUGAGUCAGACCUGUACCCUUCCCGGCCCCUGGAGCUGCUACCACGUCGCAGUGACCGCUGCGAAACUGAGGGCCACAGGUUGGGCUGGCUCCAGAGUUCUCGGCAGCAGGGACCCCACCCCACCAAGACCCCAGCCAGGACCCCUGCCAAGACGCCUUCCAGAACGGUGGGGAUUGCUGAACCCAAACCAUCAAGUCUGUGUGGGACUCGAGCCUAUGGGAAGUCUUUGAUUCCCCCAGUGGCCCGGAUCUCAGUGAAAGCCCCCGCGGCUGUCCUGGAGGUGGCAGCCCCCGGCUCAGAGAACAGAGCUGUUCCAACAAGAGGAUCCAGACACCUCAAGAAGAUGACGGAAGAGUAUCCAACCCUUCCCCAGGGAGCAGAAGCCUCCCUACCACUGACAGGAAGUGCGUCCUGCAGCAUCCCCAGCAUCCUCCGGAAAAUGUGGAUGAGGCAUAAGAAGAAGUCCGACUACGUGGGAGCUACCAACAGCGCCUUUGAGGCCGACUAAAGAGGGCCUUCCCCAAGUGCCCUGAGUUGGUGAUAGUUCACUGCUCAGAGGGAGAAAGCUGGUUGAAAUGGGGCCACACUUACUUCUGCAAGUAGCUGGUACAAACACAUCGCCCUCCCUUACUUCCCGAUCACCCGACUUAGAACGCAUGCAAGGAUCUUCCCUCGAAGGCAAAAGAAGACUGUUCCUUCUUAGAAUCGCUAAAGGCCCUGGUCUGAAAGUGACUUUGGGAAGCCAUAAGUUUACAUCCUUAUUUUUAAGCAAAACCACACCAAAAUAAAAUUGUCCCAACUCAUUUUAAAGACCUCCAAGGAAGGAAGAGGGUGAUUUUUUCCAUCUUCCUUGUGAAUCAUUCUAAUGUGUGUGAUUUCUGGUAUAAUUGUAAGAGCUUGGUAUUUGAUGCCCUUGUAAAACACAAUGGUUCCUACUCUUUCUGUUGUCACAUUUAUUUAAUCUUGACAAGGUAGGAUUUUUAAU